ACUUUUAACUUCCUUCUAAAUUUUGAUCCAAAAUGAACAUGUAUGAAAUCUGCAAACUUAUAGACACAUAUGCAGUCCGAAUAUUUUAUAAAUAUGUUUAAUUUUAUUGAUUUAUUUUGUGUUAUUUUUCCACUGAUAUCUAAUGGAUGUGGAGGUUUAGAUAAUAUUGCUCUAAAUAAAACGGUUCACAUGGAGUCUGGUUAUUAUGGAUAUAAAAGGAAGGAAAACAGAGCAGUUGACGGCAAUCGAAGUCAGAAGAUAGAAAACUGUACACAAUCGAAUCCAAAAAAUAAAAACUCAACUUAUGUAUAUGUUGAUAUUGGAUAUAUUGCUAACAUCUAUAACGUCACGAUUUACUAUAGAGAAAAUUAUGAACAAAGACUUCACGGAUAUACUCUUUAUUACUCCGACAAAUUGCACAUGAAAGUACGCAGUGAAUUAGAUCUGGAACGAUGGAAUGUAUGUUACAAGGAUGACCCAAUAAGCGAUAAACCGAAUGGAAUUGCAUCGCAAGUUUGUAAAGGUACUGCACGUUAUGUUUCGGUUUACCAAAACAACACUUGGAAUCCAAAGGAGAGUCCUAUUCUUGAAAUUUGUGAGAUAGAAAUUUUUGGUUGUAAUCCAGGACAAUUCAUUAAAGGAGGAGAAUGCAUACCUUGUCCUGAAACGUUUUGUGAAGUUUGUGGUACUUCCUUAGAAUGUACGAAUAAAACAUACGGGUACCAGUGUGAAAAGAAUUGCUCUGAAUCGUGUGUUGGGGGAUGUAACAUCAGUACAGGUCAAUGUUACGGUUGUAAUCGGGGACAAUUUAUUAAGAGAGGAGAGUGCAUACCAUGUCCUGGAACGUUUUGUGCAGAUUGUGGUACAGAUGGAAUAUGCUUAGAAUGUACGAAUCAAACAUACGGGUACCAGUGUGAAAAGAAUUGCUCUGUAUCGUGUGUUGGGGGAUGUAACAUCAGUACAGGUCAUUGUUACGCAUGCAGCCCAGACAAGUUCGGUAUCUUUUGUAACGAGACAUGUGGACAGUGUAGGGAAGAACCAAAUAAAGACAGUUGUGAUGACGUCACUGGAUCCUGUGUCAGUGGAUGUGAAAGGGGAUUCUCAGGAAGACUAUGUGAUGAAGAGUGUAAUGGAACAUCAUUUGGAUAUAACUGUAGGGAAACCUGCAGUGAAACUUGUAAAUGGACCACAGAUGGUACCCGACUGUGUAAUAGUUCAAUAGGUCAUUGUUAUCGUUGUAUGGCAGGAAAAAGAGGGGUGUAUUGCAAGAAAGAUUGUAUGGCCAUGACGUAUGGUGAAAACUGUUCGCACACAUGUGGGCACUGUUUGAACGGAUCAGGAUGUAACUUUGUUAGCGGAGCAUGCGCAGAGGGCUGUGAUGCUGGAUAUCAAGGGAUAAACUGCAACGAAACUUGUGAAAACAAAACCUUCGGUAGCAAUUGCGGGGAGAUAUGUGGCCACUGUCGUAAUGAUACAGCAUGUGAUCCGUUCAGCGGAUCAUGUGACUCUGGUUGUGAACCUGGGUAUCAGGGAUUGACCUGCAAUAAGACCUGCGGACUUUGUCGUCACAACACUGACUGUGAUCAGUUCAAUGGGACGUGUUCGAAUGGAUGUCAGGAAGGAUACCAAGGAGAAAUCUGUAACGAAAGUAACGUAACACUUUCACAUAUAUUGUUUUACUAUUAAUGAAAUAUAUUCAGU